AUGGCGGCGGCGGCCGCGGCGGCCGUCGGGGGCCAGCAGCCGUCCCAGCCGGAGCUGCCCGCGUCGGGGCUGGCCCUAGACAAGGCGGCCACCGCCGCUCACCUAAAGGCGGCCCUCAGCCGGCCAGACAACCGGGCAGGUGCUGAGGAGCUGCAGGCGCUGCUGGAGCGGGUGCUGAGCGCGGAGCGGCCGCUGGCCGCGGCUGCGGGAGGCGAGGAGGCGGCGGCGGCUGGCGGCGGGGGCGGUCCAGGGGCGGCCGAGGAGGAGGCCCUGGAGUGGUGUAAGUGCCUUCUGGCCGGCGGCGGCGGCUACGACGAGUUCUGCGCGGCGGUGCGGGCCUACGACCCCGCGGCACUCUGCGGCCUGGUCUGGACAGCCAACUUCGUGGCCUACCGCUGCCGGACGUGCGGCAUCUCCCCCUGCAUGUCGCUGUGCGCCGAGUGCUUCCACCAGGGCGACCACACCGGGCACGACUUCAACAUGUUCCGCAGCCAGGCCGGGGGCGCCUGUGAUUGUGGGGACAGCAAUGUGAUGCGGGAGAGUGGGUUUUGCAAAAGGCAUCAAAUUAAAUCAAGUUCAAAUAUUCCCUGUGUCCCCAAAGACUUACUGAUGAUGUCUGAAUUUGUUCUUCCAAGAUUUAUUUUUUGUCUUAUUCAAUACUUAAGAGAAGGCUAUAAUGAACCAGCAGCUGAUGUACCAUCAGAAAAAGACCUUAACAAAGUCCUUCAGCUUUUGGAACCUCAAAUUUCCUUUUUAGAAGACCUAACUAAAAUGGGAGGAGCAAUGCGGUCUGUUCUUACUCAGGUUUUGACAAACCAACAAAACUACAAAGAUCUUACUUCUGGUCAUGGAGAAAAUGCUUGUGCAAAGAAAAGUCAUGAAAAGUACCUUAUAGCUUUGAAGAGCUCUGGACUUACAUAUCCUGAGGAUAAGCUUGUAUAUGGUAUGCAGGAGCCAUCUGCUGGUACUAGUACUCUGGCAGUUCAAGGUUUUGCAGGGGCAGCAGGAACAUUGGGACAAGUAGAUUCUUCAGAUGAGGAUGAUCAGGAUGGAAGUCAAGGUCUGGGCAAGAGAAAGAGAGUAAAACUAAGUAGUGGCACCAAAGAUCAGUCCAUAAUGGAUGUUUUAAAGCAUAAAAGCUUCCUAGAAGAACUAUUGUUUUGGACUAUAAAGUAUGAAUUCCCCCAGAAGAUGGUAACUUUCUUACUCAACAUGCUUCCAGAUCAAGAGUAUAAGGUCGCUUUUACAAAAACUUUUGUUCAGCAUUAUGCUUUCAUUAUGAAAACACUGAAGAAAAGUCAUGAAUCAGACACAAUGUCUAACAGAAUUGUGCAUAUUAGUGUUCAGUUGUUCAGCAAUGAGGAGCUAGCCAGACAGGUAACCGAAGAAUGUCAGCUGCUGGAUAUUAUGGUCACUGUGCUAUUAUACAUGAUGGAAAGUUGCCUUAUUAAAAGUGAGCUACAAGAUGAAGAAAAUAGUUUACAUGUGGUAGUAAACUGUGGAGAAGCAUUACUGAAGAAUAACACUUACUGGCCUCUUGUUAGUGAUUUUAUUAAUAUUCUUUCUCAUCAAAGUGUGGCUAAGAGAUUUUUGGAGGAUCAUGGUUUGUUAGUUACAUGGAUGAACUUUGUAUCUUUCUUUCAAGGUAUGAACUUAAAUAAGCGAGAACUAAAUGAACAUGUGGAGUUUGAGUCUCAGACAUACUAUGCUGCCUUUGCUGCUGAACUUGAGGCCUGUGCACAGCCAAUGUGGGGGCUCUUAUCACAUUGUAAAGUUAGGGAAACUCAAGAAUAUACCCGAAAUGUUGUUAGAUAUUGCCUUGAAGCGCUUCAAGACUGGUUUGAUGCUAUUAACUUUGUAGAUGAGCCAGCACCUAACCAGGUCACUUUUCAUCUGCCACUACAUCGUUACUAUGCUAUGUUUUUGAGUAAGGCUGUGAAAUGUCAAGAAUUAGAUUUGGAUUCUGUUUUACCAGAUCAAGAAAUGUUAAUGAAACUAAUGAUUCACCCACUCCAAAUUCAAGCAAGUCUUGCUGAAAUCCACAGCAAUAUGUGGGUAAGAAAUGGUCUGCAAAUCAAAGGGCAAGCCAUGACCUACGUUCAGUCUCAUUUCUGUAAUUCCAUGAUUGAUCCUGACAUUUACCUAUUACAGGUUUGUGCUUCUAGACUUGACCCAGAUUAUUUUAUUUCAUCUGUCUUUGAAAGAUUUAAGGUAGUGGAUUUGUUGACAAUGGCAUCACAACAUCAAAAUACAGUACUUGAUGCAGAGCAUGAGAGAUCUAUGUUAGAAGGCGCUCUUACAUUUCUUGUGAUUCUUUUGAGUCUUCGUUUACAUUUAGGAAUGUCCGAUGACGAGAUUCUCAGGGCAGAGAUGGUAGCCCAGCUGUGUAUGAAUGACAGGACACAUAGUUCAUUGCUGGACCUCAUUCCAGAAAAUCCCAAUCCCAAAAGUGGCAUUAUUCCAGGCAGUUACAGCUUUGAAUCCGUUUUAUCAGCUGUAGCUGAUUUUAAGGCUCCUGUUUUUGAACCUGGAGGUUCUAUGCAACAAGGCAUGUAUACUCCCAAAGCUGAAGUUUGGGAUCGGGAGUUUGACCCCGUCAUGGUCAUUCUUCGAACGGUUUACCGUAGAGAUGUGCAGUCUGCAAUGGACAGAUAUACUGCAUUUUUAAAACAGAGUGGAAAAUUCCCUGGAAAUCCCUGGCCACCCUAUAAGAAAAGGACGUCACUCCAUCCUAGCUAUAAAGGUCUUAUGAGACUUUUGCACUGUAAAACUUUACACAUUGUGGUAUUCACUCUGCUUUACAAGAUUUUGAUGGAUCAUCAAAAUCUAUCAGAACAUGUACUCUGCAUGGUUUUAUAUCUGAUUGAAUUAGGACUCGAAAAUUCUGCUGAAGAGGAAUCAGAUGAAGAGAAUUCUGGUACAGCUCAAGUUUUCAGCUUAGUAGCAGAGCGCAGAAAGAAAUUUCAGGAGAUCAUCAAUCGCAGUAGCAGUGAAGCAAAUCAGGUGGUUCGUCCCAAAACAUCAAAUAAAUGGUCUGCUCCUGGUUCAGCUCCACAGUUAACUACAGCCAUUUUGGAAAUUAAAGAAAGCAUAUUGUCUUUGCUAAUUAAACUUCACCACAAACUCUCAGGAAAACAAAAUUCUUACUAUCCUCCUUGGCUUGAUGACAUGGAAAUUUUAAUCCAACCAGAAAUUCCUAAAUAUAGUCAUGGAGAUGGUAUAACUGCAGUAGAAAGAAUUUUACUAAAAGCUGCAUUGCAAAGCAGAAUGAACAAACGCAUCAUUGAAGAGAUAUGUAGAAAAGUGACCCCUCCUGUACCACCCAAAAAAAUUACUGCAGCAGAGAAGAAAACACUGGACAAAGAAGAAAGGCGACAAAAGGCUAGAGAGAGACAGCAGAAAUUGCUUGCAGAGUUUGCUUCACGGCAGAAAAGCUUCAUGGAAACUGCAAUGGAUGUUGAUUCUCCUGAGAGCGAUAUUCCUAUGGAAAUCACCACAGCAGAACCACAAGUUUCUGAGGCAGUAUAUGACUGUGUUAUUUGUGGACAGAGUGGCCCCUCUUCUGAAGACCGACCUACAGGAUUGGUUGUACUGUUACAAGCAUCCUCAGUUUUGGGGCAGUGCCGUGACAAUGUUGAGCCUAAAAAGUUGCCAAUCACUGAAGAGGAGCAAAUUUACCCUUGGGAUACAUGUGCAGCAGUUCAUGAUGUGAGGCUUUCAUUAUUACAGCGUUAUUUUAAGGAUAGUUCGUGUCUCUUAGCAGUAUCAAUUGGCUGGGAAGGAGGUGUUUAUGUACAAACCUGUGGCCACACAUUACAUAUAGAUUGUCAUAAAUCUUAUAUGGAAUCAUUACGGAAUGACCAGGUUCUUCAGGGUUUCUCAGUGGACAAAGGAGAAUUCACAUGUCCCCUCUGCAGGCAGUUUGCUAAUAGUGUUCUUCCUUGUUAUCCUGGAAGCAAUGUGGAAAAUAACCUUUGGCAACGUCCUAGCAACAGAAGCAUACAAGAUCUCAUAAAGGAAGUGGAGGAGCUUCAGGGACGGCCGGGAGCUUUCCCAUCAGAAACCAACUUAAGUAAAGAAAUGGAAUCUGUAAUGAAAGAUAUAAAAAAUACCACUCAGAAGAAGUAUAGAGACUAUAGCAAGACCCCGGGCUCACCAGACAAUGAUUUUCUCUUUAUGUACUCUGUUGCUAGAACCAAUUUGGAACUUGAAUUGAUUCAUCGAGGAGGCAAUUUGUGUUCAGGUGGUGCAAGCACAGCUGGCAAAAGGUCUUGUUUAAAUCAGCUGUUUCACGUAUUGGCUUUGCACAUGCGGCUUUAUAGCAUCGAUUCUGAGUAUAAUCCCUGGAGAAAGCUCACCCAGUUAGAAGAGAUGAAUUCACUUCUGGGAAAUGAAGAACAGCAGCCUGAAGUUCCAAUUCUUUAUCAUGAUGUAACAUCCCUUUUGCUCAUCCAGAUCUUAAUGAUGCCACAACCCUUACGCAAAGAUCACUUCACCUGCAUUGUGAAGGUACUUUUUACUCUCCUGUACACACAGGCUCUUGCAGCACUUUCAGUUAAAUGCAAUGAGGAAGAUAGGUCAGCCUGGAAACAUGUGGGAGCUCUCAAAAAGAAUACAUGUGAUGCAGAAAAGUCUUAUGAAGUGUUAUUGAGCUUUUUGAUAAGUGAACUAUCUAAAGGAAAGUUAUACCAUGAAGAAGGAACUCAGGAAUGUGCAAUGGUUAGCCCUAUUGCUUGGUCUCCUGAAUCCAUGGAAAAAUACUUACAGGACUUCUGCUUACCUUUCCUCAGAAUCACCAGCCUUCUUCAGCACCACCUUUUCGGGGAAGAUUUACCUAGCUGCCAGGAAGAAGAAGAAUUUUCAGUUCUCGCCAGCUGCCUGGGACUUCUGCCAACGUUUUACCAAACAGAACAUCCAUUCAUCAGUGCCUCUUGUCUGGAUUGGCCAGUUCCAGCAUUUGAUAUUAUAACUCAGUGGUGUUUUGAGAUAAAAUCAUUUACUGAAAGACAUGCAGAACAAGGAAAGGCCUUGCUUAUCCAAGAGUCAAGAUGGAAAUUACCCCACCUACUACAGUUGCCUGAGAAUUAUAACACCAUUUUUCAGUACUACCACAGAAAAACCUGUAGUGUCUGCACCAAGGUUCCUAAAGAUCCUGCUGUUUGCCUUGUUUGUGGUACUUUUGUAUGCCUGAAAGGACUUUGCUGCAAGCAACAAAGUUACUGUGAAUGCGUAUUGCAUUCUCAGAACUGUGGUGCUGGAACAGGGAUUUUCCUUUUGAUCAAUGCAUCAGUAAUUAUCAUCAUUCGAGGUCACCGCUUCUGCCUCUGGGGUUCCGUAUACUUGGAUGCUCAUGGAGAGGAAGACCGGGAUCUUAGGCGAGGCAAACCUCUCUACAUUUGUAAGGAAAGAUACAAAGUUCUGGAGCAACAGUGGAUUUCUCAUACUUUUGAUCACAUCAAUAAAAGAUGGGGUCCACAUUACAAUGGGCUGUGAUUCACCACCUCAGCAUUGCAUUAUAUCAUCAUUUUCAUUAAGAAUUUAUUUUAUCAAUAAUAAGCUUUAACUUAAUUUGGGGGAUUAACACUUUUACUGAGGGAAAAAAGAAAACAUACAUGAUGAAGCCUUUCCAAAAUUAGGUGCUUGGUAAUCACGUUAAUGGUAUAAUAAUUUUUUUUAAAGUAUCUGGAGAACUUAACAAAUAACAAGUUAAAUUAGUCUUUAGUGGUCAUUUUUUUUUUUAAGUGCACAAUUAAUAAGAAGCACAACUUGUUCACAAAAUCAUUCAGAAGUAAUUCUCCCAAAAAUGCAUAUCAGCUAUUCAUUGAUACUUAGAGUGGUUGUGAUUUAUUUGAAAUUUUGCUGCCUUUUUCUGUCUGUGUGUUUUAAUUUGCAUCUGAUAAGCAUAAUGCAUCUUUUUCCUCUUCCAUUCUUGUGUUGAUUUGAGAAUUUUGCUGUAUGUAAUUAGAACAAAAUGUAAAACAUGAUUUAUGUGAAAUAUUGUAUAGUAAAAGUUGGUCUAAUAGUAGAACUGUAAAAUUUUUCUUAUUGUGAGGAAUCUGUUAAAAGUUUAAAGCUUUGCUGAAAACUUAAUUCAUUCUCAGGAAUUUCAUAAAUAUUCUCCCCAGGUAAAUAAUGGAAAUAGCUGUAAAAUAAGUAGAUAGCUGCUGUUAAUACAAUACAGUACAUUUUGAGGGGCUUAUGUAUGGUUGGCGGGGAGUCCUUAAAAAUCAAAAUUUGCCAUUUCAGUUGGAUGAAUUAAUAAGGUAGUAACAUAAAUUUUACUAUAAAACCAAAAGGUUUAAGAACAUACACAUGCAGAUUUUGAUUCUAUGCAUGCCCACCUUUUAUUACCAACCAAGUUUUUUUUUUUUUUUUUUUUUAUGAUUGGAUUGGAAAUGCUCAGACUUCCCUACAAAUGAACCAUAAGUUUUGGAACUUUACCGUCAACUCAAGAGGUUCAGCUAUACUGCAUUUGUGCAGUGUAAUCACUGCUAUUUCUGCCUGGUUUCCUAAAAGGAAAGAAAAAAGGCUCGGUAGUGAUGGCCCUCAUGAAUGAACCAUGCAUUCUUCUUAGAAACUGCUCUCAGUAUGCAAUUUAUGUUUGGAGGGUUUUAAAUCAGUAAGAAUUGGAAUGAUUGAGCUAAAACCCACUCUAUAAGGAGGGAAGGAAGAUUAUAGAAAAGCAUGUUAUAUAUUGCUACCAAGAUUUUUUUCCCAAAUGAUUCAGUAAUUUGGUGAUUCUUUCAUAUAUAGUGCUAUCAAGCAAUUCCUGGUUCUUUGGACUUCUGUGGCUUGUUAUAUAAAAUUACAUUUUUACAUGUAAAAAUAAACUUUAAAAAAGCUAAUGAAAAAAUAUAAAAAUAACAUCAGACCUGUGUUCUAAAAAAAUUUUUGUAAUGACAUAUUACAGAAUAUGAAAUGGAUGUUAAAUGAUGGCCUUGCAUUAAAAUAGGGAGAGCAGAGCAGUACAUAUUCAAAUAUGUUCAAAAAGUCAAAAAAUUACCUAUAGCUCUACAAUAAAAUACAUGGAAAUAGCUUGCUAUUUUUAUAUACAUUUCCAAAAUAUUAAGAUAACUUUCUGUAAGACUAGAAUGAUUCUGUUUGACUAAAUAGCUGUCCUUUCCAACACAUUGCUACUUUUUUAAAUACUGUAUCAUAAGUUCAGCCUGUCAUAUUUUUUGCAUCGAUCAUUAUGAAUACCAGACCAUUUGUAAGUGUGGUUGAAGAGCAAAAUGCUAAUUUACAUCUCUAGUACAUAUUGUUACAGGAUUCAUGAACUUGAAUAAUUCUGUAGUUUGAAACUCUGAUGCUAUAUAUACACAUGGUAUAAUGUAUUCAGACUUUGAUUACUACUUAUUUAAAAUGGAAUGUUUUAUGGUUGUGCAUAUGGAUGUGAAGUGAAAAUAUUAGCCUUAACUUUAAAAUUUGGGUAUUUGAUAGUGUUUAUUUUGAUAUUGGUGAAUUAGUCACCAGUAAAUUUUAAAAAAGCACUUGGUUGAAAAUUGUACUUGAAUACAUACAUGCAUGCUGCUAAACUAGAACUUUAAUUUUUUCCCCAUAACUUUUAUAAGUCCCAUUUAUAAACCCACUUUUAAAAAUAACAGGUCCAAGUUAGAGUGAUGUGUGUAUAUUAUUCAAACAAAAUGUACUGGUGUGAUAUCUUGUAUGAAUGAUCAUUUAAAUACAGUACAUUACUGUAGAAGCUAAAUCAAUCUUUAUAAUUAAGCAGAAAUUACAAAACUAGGAAUAAUCAACAUUGUAAGAUAUGUUAAUAAAAACCUACUGUCAUUUGGUUUGUGAAAGAUC